AAUGAAUUCAACAGGCUUUGAUAUUGUAAAGGAUGAAUAACGUCUAUAAAAAUAAAAAUGUAAUAACAAUUUGCUAGUUGAAUAUAAUAAAAAUAGCUUUUUUCAUGAGGAAUAUUUGAAGAAAAAAGAAAAGAGAAAUCGAAAAUUUUUCUUAAAGAGAUCUAUCUCUAUAAUAUAGAUUUGCAAGCAAACUGGUCAGCUAGACUUAUAGUUAGGCUCUGACUUUUUACAUAUAGAGAUCAUGCAAGGUGGUCAUUUUCCUUUGAAUUAAUAUAAUUUAAAAGAUAUCCCCUCAGAGAUAUAUCAUGAUGAUGAAGAAUGCUAAUUUUCAAAUAUUAAGACUAGUCUUGAAACUGCAUCAAAGAGUCUUCUGAAAAGGGUGAGAACAUUUUAAUCUUCAUUAAAUUACAAAUCUUUAACAUAAAUUUAAUAAUAAAUAGAGGCUAACGAUCUAUGUUAAAAUUUCAAUAUUAAAGAAAAAUAAAUUACUCACUCUAAGAACUAAUAUUUUGAUCAAUAAUUUCAAAUUAAAGAAAAUUAAUUAUUCACUCAAUAAAUCGAAUAGGCUAAACAAAUUUUAUUGAACCAACACUCAGCUAUUUAAUUAAUUCUUUAAUGA